CAAGUACUGAUAAUGGAGUUGGAUGAAUUUUUAGUUGAGUAUCCUUUGCCAGCGACGCUCACUGAGGCAAACAGUUCCGCAGGCUGACAGUAACUACAUUGUAUUCGCUUUGUAGAGCUAUGUUAUAGUUGUAACUGGAAAGCUUGGAAGCUCACUAGUCUAAAGUCUAAUUUUGAAAUUAUUUCGCGAAACACCGACAUUUUGCAAAUAAUUCACUGAUUCAGUGAUUGUGGUGCUGCAGACACUGCAGUACUCGUACAUGUAUAAUAACUUCAAAGGGGCUGUCAGAUAUUCUCAUUACUAGUCGUCUUGGCAGAUGGUUGCAACCUGAGCAGCAAGCUGUCCAUGCAGAUAAUCCACACCUUAGCCAGCUGUAGCCAUGUCUGUUUUCUCAUACCACUCCACUCCUCCCAGCGAGGCUGAAAAGCAGCUGCUCGUCAGAAUGAGGGCCAAAGAUGAGAGUAUCCUUUCCCUCCAGACAGAAAAUGCAGCGCUGCGUCUCAAGUUGGCUGAGCUCCGGGCGUUGGUGAACACAACUCGACUGCAGAAAGACUAUAUGCGGCGGCAGUUCAUGCAUGCUCACUCCGCGAUGAGCAGUACCCGGAAAAAGCUGAACCUCUGCCAAAGCACAAUACAGGCGCUUCGAUUUGACGUGGACGAAAUGAGGUCGCACGUGGAGGGUUUUCCCAACAUUUCAGCCUCUUCUCUUCAGACUUGUGGCCAGAUGUUUGAGCAACUUCAAAAUCAAGUGUUGCUUAAGUCGGAUAGCCUCGUGAGCUCAUUGAAAGAACAACUGAAAACGGCUCGGAAAGACUAUUCAUCAUUACAAACAUUAUAUGAACAGGAGAAGAAGAGACGGAAAGCCCUUCACAACACAGUUGUGGAGCUGCGUGGAAACAUCCGAGUUCACUGCCGCUUGCGCCCCAUGCUCGCGUUUGAUCAGCGCACUAGUUCGGGCACAAGUAGUUCAAGCGGUGUGGGUAUGGCGAGGACUAACACUGGACUGCUGGAGGAGGUCAUUCUACCCAUUGAUGAGGAAACCGUGUGCGUGCAUACUCUCAAGCAGCAACUCAGUGGUGUCGGCGUCUCAAACAAAAACUUUGAGUUUGAUCGUGUCUAUGGGCCCAGCAGUAAUCAGUCCGAUGUUUUUGCUGAGGUGCAACCAUUGCUCACGUCACUGCUUGAUGGCUACAAUGCCUGCUUGAUGGCAUACGGGCAGACAGGAAGUGGUAAGACACACAGUAUGUUAGGUGAUGGCCUGGAGUCCGGGGUAUCCUCAUCGGAUGUCUGGUGGAAUGAGAAGUCAGGCAGUCCUGGAAAGUACCCGCCACAGUGCAUCCACCACGGUAUCAUACCCAGAGCUGCUGUGGAGGUGUUCAGGCUCAUCGGGGAGCGGUCUGCUGAUUGCCGUGUGGCCGUGGAUGUCUCUGUGGUGGAAAUCUAUAACAAUGAGAUCUAUGAUCUCCUCAAGGGUAGCUCAUCAAAAUGUGAUAUAUCCUUCAAAGAAGACGGGAGUGUUAACUUAUUGGGUGUGACUCGAAGAGAGGCAGAGAAUAGUCAGGAUGUAAUGAAGUCGGUUCUGCUGGGCUUACAACGCCGUGCUGAAGCGGCAACAGGUGUGCAUCAGCAUAGUAGCCGCUCACACCUCAUCAUUACGCUCAACUUACAUACUACAUUGCUUGCUGGUGAUACCGGCCAGCAAUCAAUCAAGCAAUCAAACCUUGCUUCUGGGACGUCACCGCCUAGGAACGUUGCGAGAACAUUGUCUUUUGAUGGGAGCACAGGUAUACCCCGUACACCAACAGGACGGCCACCUUCCCCACACCGCUCUUCUUCCAAAUCUGCUGCUGCCCGGUCUCACAGCCCACCAGUGGCACACAGUACGCCCCUCAAAGCAUCAUUCUCACUUCCAAUGGAUGGUUCUCAUAUAACAUCCAUUCGUGCUGCAGCCUCAACAUCGGCGACGAUAACGAAUCGAUCUGCUCAGCUUCACGCUCAGAGUGCAUCGUUUUCUGAUUCUACUGUCAUGUCACAGACGCCUCGUGUGAUCCAUACCAAGCUGCAACUAGUGGAUCUGGCCGGGAGUGAAUGUGCCGCAAUGUCUGGUGUGGAUGGAAUUGGUCAGAGAGAGGCAUCCUUCAUCAAUCGAAGCCUCUCAUCACUGGCAGAUGUACUAGCAGCACUCGCAAAGAAGCAACAGCAUGUUCCAUACCGCAACUCCAAGCUCACACACAUCUUACAAGACACCAUUGGUGGUGAUGCAAAGCUGCUUGUGUUGACCUGUGUUGCUCCGGCGCAACGCUAUCUCACCGAAUCAAUGCAGUGUCUCCAGUUUGGCUCGCGCAUCCGCCAAGUGCAGCGUGGUGCCGCACCCCGUGCUAGACCCACCAGCAGCACUACUAGUGCCAGUACUAAACAGCAGACAGACCCUUCGCAUAAUGCAAGGGACCGCCGGAGCAUGCAUGCAUACACCCCAGGUCGAGAAAGUCCUCGGUCGUCUAGAUGACCUAUCACUUGCCAUACCGUGUCACCAACCAUGAUAGUCCAGUCUCACCAGAGAUGUCACGCUACAUGCUUGUGCUGCGCACAUGGUGCCUGGUCUUGUGAAUCUACUUUCUACCAGUGAUACGAACUAUUAGUCCAUACCUUCAACUUGUCUUGAUCAGUCGUCAGCAUGUUGCGACGACCGUAGUAGAGACUAUGCGUGGCACGUCACCGACAAUCUGUGCAUGUUUUCGUAGAAUCAUCUGGAUCACUGAGUAUCUCUUUGGGCUUUUUGGAAGAGAAAUGUCACCAUCCUGAAAGCUUGUCUCGUAUCCUUGUGUCAACGUUACAGUACGUGUUCUAUCAUCAACCAAGGGGCUCAUGAGUCAUGAAGUAUCUAUAUUCAAUAUAAACUAAGAGUCAGCUAUAUCCAGGUGCAGAUUAUACUAUCUCAGAGCACUUGCCGUCAAUAAUCUACGAUUGUCCUCAACCCCACCUAUAUGAAUGAAAUAAAAGGCCCGCCGCCAUAUUUAAAUAAUGAUUUUUUCCAUCCCGUUACUUGAGGAUCUCACUCUACAGGCAUUGUCUUAUCUAUUUUCUCCUCAGUGCACUGUUCAGUAAACAAUUCUACUUGCAUGCUUUUCUGUUUACUCUCUGUACAUUGUUCUCCGAAGUGGAGAUUUUCACUACAAGUAUUAAGAAGAAUGGUUUUAUAAAAUGAAAUCUGAAAUGUCAGGUCACUGACGUCACAUUA